AUGAUUAACGCCUCGGGACCAGCUCUGGACGCUAUAAUUAAGGUGCACGACUGUGAGCCCACCAACAACCAGCAAACCAUGGCAGCGACUGGCACAGGGGCGGGGGGAGCGGUGUGCGCGGCGCGCCGGAAGGGCGGCGCGGGCCCGGAGAGAGGAGCCUCGGCCUGGGGCCCAGGCCGAAUCCUGCCUCCGCUGGCCGGGCCUCGGCCCCUCGGGCUGGAGCUCCCGCUGCUCCUGCUCUGUUGGGUCUGCGGCGGCCCGCCCGCCCGCUGCUCGCAGGGCUGACCGGGAAACCUACUACUAGCACACACCACCACGUGUGCACGGCAAUGCACAUUCCGGAAUCGCAACUGCCACCGGGGGGCCGCGCUGGGGAACUACCGUCCGCUCGGCGCCCAGCGUCUAGACAUGCGGCUGACAGGCUGGAGCUGUGCGGAUGAUUGCCAAUAUGACUGUAUGUGGGCCACUGUGGGUGUGUAUCUCACAGAGGGACACAAGGUGCCUCAGUUUCAUGGCAAGUGGCCCUUCUAUCGGUUCCUCUGCUUCCAGGAGCCGGCCUCAGCCAUUGCCUCCAUGCUGAAUUUACUGGCCAACCUACUGAUGCUGGCCCGGUACCGGGCAGCAGUGCCCACCGAGUGCCCCAUGUACCACACCUGUGUGUCCUUUGCCAUUGUCACCCUCAACGCCUGGGUCUGGUCCACUGUGUUCCACACUCGGGACACUGCACUAACAGAGAAAAUGGAUUACUUCUGUGCCUCGGCCGCUGUGCUUUACUCCAUCUACCUGUGCUGUGUGCGAACGGUGGGCCUGCAUCGCCCCUGGGUGGCCAGUCUCUUUGGAACGCUGCUCAUUGUGCUGUUCACCGGCCACGUCUGGUAUCUUACCUACAUCCGCUUUGACUACGGAUACAACAUGACCGCCAACGUGUUAAUAGGCCUGUUCAACGUGUUGUGGUGGCUGGGCUGGUGUUUGAGGAACCGCCGACGCCUGCCCUACGUGUGGAAGUGCGCAGCGGUGGUGGUGAUGCUGCACGGACUGGCGCUGCUCGAGCUGCUCGACUUCCCGCCGCUGCUGUGGGUGCUGGAUGCCCACGCUGCCUGGCACUUCAGUACUAUCCCUGUACCCUUCCUGUUCUACAGCUUCCUGGUGGAUGACAGCCUGCAGCUUCUGGCUGUGAGGGGAGGUUACCGCAAGGAGGAGUAACGCGGAAACUGGCCUGAGGACCGAGGGUGACACCUACCGGAUUCACCACUCCCACGCGGGACCUUUGUGUGUGUGUGUGUGUGUCCGUGUAUACCGGGCUGUACAUGCGUGUGUGUGUCCCCGUGUAUACCGGGCUGUACAUGCGUGUGUGUGUCCCCGUGUAUAUCGGGCUGUACAUGCGUGUGUGUGUGUCCGUGUAUACGGGGCUGUACAUGUGUGUGUGUCCGUGUAUACCGGGCUGUACAUGCACAUGUGUGUGUCCGUGUAUACCGGGCUGUACAUGCAUGUGUGUGUGUCCGUGUAUACCGGGCUGUACAUGUGUGUGUGUCCGUGUAUACCGGGCGGUACAUGCGUGUGU